AUGAACUGCAAGAUGGAACACUCUGAUGGGACUCCGCGGAUUGAACGAUUUCCACCCGAAGUCACGUUGCAUAAUCACAAGGUGGUCCUAAAAUGGCAUGCAAACGGCCAACUCGCUGUUAUUGAGAUGACAUGCGGAGGACUAGAUUUUUGUGCGAACAUUGAUUCGCUCUUAUACGCGCCUGUAGUUAUUGGAAAACCAAUAUGCAUUCUGUUAGCAGGAGCAGUAUCACUAGUCUGGUGUCCAGUAUGCGCUGUUACUCAACACUUCCUAAAACUACUGCAAAAAUCCCGAAUAAGAUGUAGAUCUUCUCUGAAAGCUCGUUUGACAGCAGCACUUGCGAUAGUAGCAUCACUAUGCUGUAUGGCAGGACCGGCAUUCUCAUGCCAACAAGUCAAUGUACUGGAGCACCAUGCCGCAGUUUGCACCAACAAAGAUGGCAAAGAACUCUGCUCAGUUAGGCUAACCGAAGUUUUGAACUUCAACACCUUCACCCGACGCGCUCGCUUGUGCCUGGUCAGAUACUCUACUCUAGGUCAUACUUACGCUGUGAAGAAGAAACUGAAUACUGCGCAUGUUCUACGGCUAUGCACGUUUAUGACAGUAAAGUUGUCCGUGAAAAAUGCGCCAGUAUCAAGCAGUGAUCUGAUUCCAGAGCUCGGAAGCGGCAACUCUUAUCCAGGACGUACUGACGGUUUCGAGUUCUGUGGGGGAUGGGACUGCGAUUGCGCCUCCUUCACUUCCGGUUGCCUCUUCUUGCGUCUUUUUGCCAAGCCCAAUGACCCGACCGUCUACAGAAUAUUUCGUUGUCUGCGUUGGACGGAAGAGGUCAAACUAGAGAUCAUAGUCGAGGACCUUCAUUCGAAAGAACUACGGUAUUGGCAUGGCGCCCAGCUCGUCCCAAAUGUUCCACUGAACAGCGGCUUUAUCACAGAGGGAUACGACACUGCGAUCUGGUUCAAUACGAUAACACCAAAUCUCUUCUGCGAAAGCCGAAGAGCAGCCGAGACACUAAACUGCAGGUUUUCAGGAAAUUGUAAGGCUGAGUCGAAAGUGCGAUGUGAAUGCCCUUUGUAUGAUGUGGCUGAGAAAUUCAACCACAUUCCGCGAAAACUACCUGUAAGAGCACCACAAUGGGAACUGGGGAAAAGACACAACUCGCCCAUCGUGGCCAAAACCCCUCAUUUAGUUUCUUCCGAAUUUCUUCUCAGCUUUCAUGAGACUUUUGACACAACCUUCGUGGACACCUUAGUUGCGCCGUCGAGAACACCACAUUAA